AUGCUUGACGAUCCACAGAAGAAGUUGACUGAACACCAGCGAAUAUUUUUAACAGCUAUAUGUGAUCUAGGAUUUGAUCGUGCCAUUUUUCUGGCAGCUUUGCCUAUGAAAACAUACUUAUGUGAGAACACUGGCAUGGCACCACGGGGACUAUGCAAUAUGCUUAAGGAGUAUAGAGAGACUACAUCAGUAGAGAAGGGUCUAGAUAUUACGCGUAAUGGUAGCACUACCAAAAUCGAACAAGAUAAGCUGGAUAUAGUACAA